GUCGAAAUGUCAAGACAUCUUCACGUUGAUGCCAUCUCGAUGUUUUGUGACACCAUCAUUAUCUUAUUUCAACCCCAUACAACAAUUCUAUUCAUAUUAACAUCUUUCUACUCAACUUGUUCUAUAAAACAUCCAAGAAUUUCCUAGGUGGACCUUUUCGUUCUCCCCCCACUUGCUUAACUCCGUCUACCCCGAAUCCCACGAACAAAGACGUAAUAAAAAAAGCUUCAAACUCAUCCUCGACACAACGCAGCAGCUCCCUGUCGAUCGAUCACUGGCGUCAAUUCAACCUGAUAUAGUACUCUGAAAUACUGUGCGCUAUUUUUUUUUAUCACUAUUCAACAUCAUGCCUCACGCAGACUCUUCUUAUUUCCAGCCUGGACUGUCCAAGACAGAAGUAUACACCCAGGUUCUUGAACAAGCGCAGGGAUUGGUCUAUGGACAGCGCAAUUGGGUAAGCAACUUCUCCAACGUCGCCUCCCUCCUCUGGCAUGCCUACGCCGCUCUCCCCUCCCCCUCCUCCUCCGUAAACUGGGCCGGUUUCUACAUCCGCGAUGAUAAAUUCCCCACCUUAUCCCCCUCGCCCACACCCCCAAAGAAAGACAUCCUCGUCCUAGGCCCCUUCCAGGGCAAGCCCGCAUGCCAGCAAAUCAAGUUCGGAAAGGGCGUGUGCGGUACCGCCGCCGAGAAGCGCGAGACGGUCCUCGUUGCAGACGUGUUGAGCUUCCCGGGCCAUAUUGCUUGUGAUGCGGAUAGUAGGAGUGAGAUCGUGGUGCCGAUUUUGGCGAAUGGGGAGACGGUUGCGAUUAUUGAUGUCGACUGUGCGGAGCCAUCUGGUUUCGAUGAUGAGGAUAAGAAGCACCUCGAGGCCCUGGCAGCUCUGCUGUCCGAGAGCUGUGAUUGGUAGGCAUUCAUGUGAUUGAGAUUUUUAGAACAAAAGCGACAAAAGAGGAGGAUUUUGACGAUUGACGCCCUGGCUGGGAUAAACGCCUGCAUAUAUGGGAUUGGCUGGCUUUGAUGCUCCUCGUACACACCGGGUCCUGGCUUUGGAGUUGGUACGGGUCAAGAGUCACCACCAGAUUGCAUGGUCAGAGUCAGGUGAAAACGUUGAUUCUGUGAGCUUAAGCAUAUAUAUCAUCAGCGAAUACCUACAGGUGUAUACGGAUUAUAGGACAUAUUGGAUUGAAGUGUUGAAGGAUCAACCAGCAGUAUAUUGUUUCACAAUGUUCUGAUAAAAUAUAACAUGCUUGGACAAAUUCUAGAAGUGUAAUAUUCUGGACCAGGG